AUGUCUUCAUUCAGUAUUUAUGGAAUAAUUGAAUUAACUCUUUCAAUCAUUUUAUUAGCUGUUCAAGCUGUAACUCUUCCUCAUUUUAUGAUACAUGCUGAAUACCGAAAUGUCAUUUCCUAUCAAUUAAUGUUUGUAAUUGGUGUUUUUGAAGCUUAUUUGAUUGUUGGAACUGGUGUUAUACCAUUUUUUAAAUAUAUUGGAAUUCUUGGUUAUUGGUCUGAAAGAAUAACCGGGGCCUUGUACGAAGCGGCUCUUGAUGUACUUUUUAUUAUGAAUUUGGCCUUGGCCUUAAAUAGGUUUUUUGUAAUGGUGAAAUUGUAUAUUCUAAAGCAAGUUAAUAUAAGUGAAUCUGCUUGGGAAUUGAUGUUUUAUAAGGUGAAAAUUUUAAUUUUAAAAAUACUAGAAAAUAUUAUAAUAUAG